AUGGAAUCGCAAAGCAAGCGCGUCGCCGUCAUCGGUGCAGGGCCUAGCGGUCUCGUCGCCAUCAAAGAAUGCCUCGCAGCGGGCCUGGAAGUGCAGUGCUUCGAGCGCGCGCCCGCGCUUGGCGGGCUCUGGCUCUACAACCCGGAUCCGACAGCCGAGACGAGCUCCGGCAUGUACCCUGGCGUCAUGCUCAACUCCUGCCGAUUGACCACGGGCUACAGCGAUUUCCCGAUUGACCCGGCGCGGUACCCGAUCUACUACUCCCACAAGCUCCAUCUGCGGUACUUGAACGAGUACGCGGCGCACUUUGCACUCGAGAAGCACAUCCGCUACGAGACGACAGUUGUAGGAUGCGCGCCUCGCAAAGAGGGCGGAUGGGAGGUGAGGGUCCGUAGGGGAAGCGCAGAGGAUGGCCACGGGGAGGAAGUGUUGGCGUUCGAUGCUCUGAUUUGCGGUACCGGCAUUAUCAGCAAGCCCUUCAUCCCUGAGUACAAGGGAAGAGAGGUUUUCAAGGGUGAAGUGCUACACAGCCGUUCCUAUCGCAAGCCAAGCGCCUACGAGGGCAAGAAGGUCGUUCUUGUCGGUCUUGGGUCUUCGGCUAUCGACGUUGCGUGUGAAGUUGGCCCGCUGGCAAAAGAGCUUACGAUCGUCAACCGUCGAGGUGCUUGGAUCCUGCCUCGAUUCGUUUUGGGGAAACCGACAGAGGCGUGGGACAGCCGCAGCAGCCAGAUAUGGCUUCCUGCCAGCGUCCAAGAGUGGCUUUUUGAGAAGAUACUCAACCAUGCCCAAGGCAAGAUGCCACCGGAACUUCAGCCAGAUCACGGCCUCAUGGCACAGAACGCCACCCUACGAAGCGACUUCAUCGAGAAGCUGCAGACCGGUAUCUUCUCCCUUCGUCGCACCGCGAUCGCCUCCUUUACCGAGACCGGCGUCAUUCUUGAGAAUGGCGAUUCGCUUGACGCCGACGUAGUUAUUCUUGCCACUGGGUACCACAUCGUCGACCAACCGUACCUCCCACCAGGCGCGCUUGCCAGUAAGGAGGCGCCAGCUCCACAUGUGGACUUGUACAAGUCAAUCGUAUCGCCCACUUGGAAAGACCUGUACAUCAUGGGUCAGACCGAGCAAGCCGGACCCGUGACGCCAGUCUCCGAGGCGCAGGCCCGAUACAUUGCUGCCGUCAUCAAGGGAAGCGUGAAGUUACCCGAUGAGGAGGAGAUGAUGCUGGAGAUCCGCACGCUGAGGGGUUGGCGGAAGAAGCACAUGAUCGACUCGGAUAGGCACGCCUUAAAUGUCGAGUUUGUCAAGUAUAUGGACGGUCUGCUGGCACCGCUAGGGGCGGCACCAACGUUCGGGAAGCUUUUUGGACGGAUCUUCACCAGCGGGAAGCCGUUGAGGGCUUGGAGCAUUCUUUCGGCUGUGUACUUUGGCAUCCCGUCCCCCGCGCAGUGGAGGUUGUUUGGUGAAGGAAGCACACCUGUGUUGGCCGAGGAAACCCUGCUCAGGACUGAUGUGGACGCUGGUCAAUUAAGCGAAGGAGAGAAGUCGUUUCUUUGA